AUGGUGCUGUCGGCAAAGUCACUGUCACCGUCGGGCCAGCCCACGGCUGAGGCUGAGGCUAAGGCUAAGGCUCAGGCUCACCAAAGCCAGGUGUAUCUUGAGGUCCAUGGCAUCAUUCGUGCCACGGGACAGUUUGUGGACGACAUCAGCGCCCGCUAUUUCCGGGGAUUUCACCACCACCUGCCCGUCAUCUCCCGCACCCGCUUCUACAACAACCUCAUCACGCUGGGAGUGGCUCCAGCCGCCGACUUUUCCGUCUUGCUACUGACCAUCUGUCUCAUCACACACGCUCCGGCACUGGGGUAUCAAUCCGGCACCGACACCGACACUGGCACCGGGCAUAGAGCCAGUCGAAGCGUCGAACAGCAGUCCAUCUAUCUCACUGCGAGGUCGCUGUUUGCCCAGGUUCAAGUCUCUUGCGCCCCCUCCCCCUCCCUCCCCCUGAUCCAAGCCGGCCUUCUGCUAGCCGUGUACGAGUACACUCAUGGCCGGGCGGACGAUGCAUUUGUGACCAUCGCAGGCAUUGCGCGCAUGGCCUAUGCCGCCCGCAUCCACACUCGCAACUGUCCUCAGAUACAAAUGACACAUACAGCCGGCCACAAUGCGGAUGCCGAUGCCGAUACCAAUACCAACACCGACCUGCUGCUGCAUGCUGAAGAAGCAGCGAACACGUGGUGGGGAAUUGUCAUCUGUGAGAGGACUUUCUUCAGCGAAGUCGCAGUCUUCGACCAACCGCUGGUCACUGUCUUUCCGGGUGGCGAUGCUCGACUGCCGAUCGAACCACAAGUCUUCGACCAGCUCGAUCUUCUAGACCCGGAGUCCUUGCCCAACAUCUCCGUGUCCUGUCUGACGUCGCCCAAGGUUGGAGGAUUCUGUCGGACAGCGCAGGCGGCCUGUCUUCUGGAUCAGGUCCUUAAGGGCUUGGACACUCCAGACAUGGAAUCUCGACUGCUCCAGCUCGACCGGCUAGAUGACAAUAUCCAAGCCUUCCUAUCGCUGGUGAUGCCGCAGUGCCAGGGCCAACCAGGGGUGUUUUGUGCAGCCAUGAACAUUGCAAUUAGGGCGCUGUUCACAUUACAUUGGCACAUCCUCGACCAGCGCCCGCAGGUGGUCAAUGUCAGAGCCAGAGUCAUGUUCAAACGACUGGAGGAGUGGUACCAGAGAUCGCAGGAGGCGCUUGACACGGUCACGAAGAUGGUGGUCGACAUUGCAGAGUCCCUGAUCGCAGCAACAGCAACAACUACAGCCAGAAACGCCACAGCCUCGCCCACAAACACGACGACGACGACGCACACCGUCGACGCCAUGCCUCCAAUAUACCCAUAUGUCGCUCGCGCCGCGCUCAGGCACAUUUGCAGCAGCGCCCAGAGGGCAGAUGCCGGUUGGUUGAGGGGUGCCGAGAACGUGCUCCAGGCAUCUCUGGACAAAUACUCCCAGCGGUGGAGCGUGUGA